GCUAGUAUAGCCACAAGGUUUUUCUUUCUCAUCAAGUUAAAUCCAAGUUUUGAAAAAGUUAAAUGAUAAUGUAGUGUUAGGCUGGAUAUAGUACAGUUUGUCUCUAAAUUACAGACACCAAUUCACUUUUAAAACGAACCCAUGUUUUUUAUUCUUGUGAGAGAUUAAAGCAAAAACGAAGAGAAGUCACCAUUGUUCGAACUGGAUCGUCUAACGCUUCCCAGAUUUCCUGUUCCUGUGUGGAAGAAUUACCGUGAGCUGCUGACAAGAGAUUGAGGGGCAGUGACGCAAAACUCACUGUAUACGAAAGCAGCCGUGUGGAGUGACUCUCAGGACUCGGCUCUGUCUAACACUCGUGGGGUUACUCUUCCUUGUCAACAUUCAGCAGAGGGACAUUUGCAUACUUCAUCACAUUGAGUGACUUUUUGUUUGGAUCUUUCUCGACUCUCCCUUGACCAGAGAUUCAUUUUUCUUUCUUGUUAGCUUUUGUUUUUAAACGCAACCAUUUUUUCGGGAACAAAACUGGGAUUUUCCCUCAUAUUAUGCACUUCAAUGGAUACCAGUGGCUCAUUGGUUAGCACGCAAGCUAAGGACCAGUCCCUUCAUGUCCGCUACAGGAUGGAGGUGUCCUGCCUGGAACUGGCGUUGGAGGGUGAGCGGCUCUGUAAGGUGGGCGACUACAGAGCAGGCGUCUCCUUCUUUGAGGCUGCCAUCCAGGUAGGCACAGAGGACCUGCAGGUGCUCAGUGCCAUAUACAGCCAGUUGGGCAAUGCUUACUUCCACCUGCAUGACUACGCGAAGGCCCUGGAGUUCCACCGGCAUGACCUCACCUUGACCAGAACAAUUGGUGACCUUCUUGGAGAAGCCAAAGCCAGUGGAAACCUUGGCAACACAUUAAAGGUGUUGGGGCGGUUUGAUGAGGCUGUGGUUUGCUGUCAGAGGCACUUGGACAUAGCGAGGGACAUGAUUGACAAGGUGGGUCAGGCACGAGCUCUGUAUAACUUUGGGAACGUGUACCAUGCCAAAGGGAAAAGUAUCUGCUGGAGUGGAGCUGAGCCUGGAGACUUCCCAGAGGAGGUCAUGAUAGCACUGAGGAAGGCAGCAGAGUACUAUGAGGCAAAUUUAGCGAUAGUGAAGGAGCUUGAAGACCGGGCUGCCCAGGGUCGAACUUAUGGGAACCUCGGCAACACACACUAUUUGUUGGGAAACUUUCGCAAAGCUGUGGCCUCUCACGAACAGCGCUUGCUCAUAGCAAAGGAGUUUGGUGACCGUUCGGCAGAGAGACGGGCUUACUGCAACCUGGGGAACGCAUAUAUCUUUUUGGGGGAAUUUGAAGUGGCAGCUGAGCAUUACAAGAGGACACUGCAGCUGGCGAGGCAGUUGAAGGAUCGAGCUGUGGAGGCCCAGGCCUGCUACAGUCUGGGCAACACCUACACUCUUCUCCAGGACUACGAGAGAGCCAUAGACUACCACCUCAAACACCUCAUCAUAGCCCAGGACCUCAAUGACAGGAUUGGGGAGGGCCGUGCAUGCUGGAGUCUGGGAAAUGCUCACACUGCACUGGGGAACCAUGAUCAAGCCAUGCACUUUGCUGAAAAACACCUGGAAAUCUGCAAAGAGACUGGAGACAGGAGCGGAGAGCUGACAGCUCGUAUGAACGUGUCUGAUCUCCAGAUGGUUCUGGGUCUGAGCUACAGCACAAAUAACUCCACCUUCUCUGAGAAUAAAGAUAUAGACUACAACCUGCAUGGAGCAAGGCCCAGGAUGGGCAGAAGACACAGCAUGGAGAACCUGGAGCUGAUGAAACUCACUCCGGACAAGAUGAAUGGUCAGAAGUGGAACAGCGACAUCCUGACCAAACAGUCCAAACCCUCCCUGGCUAAGAGCUCCUCCAAGCUGUUCUUUGUCAGCCGUCUGCGUGGGAAGAAGUACAAGACCGGUGGUUCCAGUAAGGUCCUCCAGGACACCAGCAACACCCUGGACACCAGUCAGACCCCUGCGCAGGGACCACAGAAGCGACUCAGUCCUGAUAUGCUCGGAGACGAGGGCUUCUUUGAUCUGCUGAGCCGUUUCCAGAGCAACCGUAUGGAUGACCAACGCUGUUCAAUACAGGCUAAGGGCAGCAGGUUAUCCAUAAACAGUGUCCCGGAGUCGCCUCCUAGAGCCAUCAGGAAAUCUGUGUCAGAGUCCGCUAACAUCUCAGGUGCUCAAGGCAGACGGUUAGAGGAGUCGUCAGCAACAGGGGGAAGCCUGCCCGGCCUCAGGCUCCAUCAAAACAGCAACCAGGCCGUGCUCAACCACCUGAUGGCCAAUGCUGACAACCCUGAGCCUGACGACGACUUCUUUGACAUGCUUGUCAAGUGCCAGGGGUCCCGUUUGGAUGACCAGCGGUGUGCCCCUCCCCCUCCUCCUGUCCGAGGGCCCACUGUACCAGAUGAGGACUUCUUCAGCCUCAUCAUGCGCUCUCAGGCCAAACGAAUGGACGAGCAACGUGUCACCCUGCCUUCAUCAGCUAACACUACAGCCAGGCCCAGCUCCAGCUCCAGCUCCAGCUCCAGUUCCAAAUGAACUAAGCACUAAAGGGACAGACAGGUGUCUUUUUUUUUUUUUUAGACUCAUGAAGGAGUGGACAGCAUUGGUAUUGACCAGUUGGGCGGUCACUCAGAAGAAACCCCUUCUGUCUCUUAACAUUCGUCCUUUUGGACAAAACAAAGCACUGUCAGCAUUGUAUGUAGUGUACAGUAUGGAAAUAUCUCAAAUUAAUGAGGACUCAUUUCGCAAAACUUGCACAACACAGAACAACUCUCAGUAGCAUCAGGGACAAAAGUGUUGUUUUUUUUAUUCACUGUUUUUAAUGAUUCCCUGUUCCUGCAAAUUUCAUUACACCCUGUGUGUAUUUUUCAAUAGACAACUAGUUAUUUUUGUAUUUAUUGUACUUUUUAUGAUUGUUAUGAUUCUGCCGUCCCACCACCUUGAAGUAAUGUGGUUAUAUUCAGAGGUACAGCACUCUUUCCAUGUGUUUUGUCUAUAUGUGAGGUCUUUGUUUGGUUUAAGAGUUACCGAGGUCAGACAGAGGAAACUUAACAAAAACUAUUGUAAGCAAACUGUUUGAUAAAAGAAUGAAUUUAACCCUUGUACAGCCCUUAGUCUUUUGUACUAAAUCUUUUGAGUGAGGUCAGAUAAAUAAACCCUCAUUCAUGUAG